AUGACGGGCUGGGACGGGACGUUCGAUGGCGUCGUAGUUGUCCUCCCGCAUGGAGGUGAGGCAGAGGGUGGUUGUGGUGAGGCGUGCGCGGGGGCGAGGAAGAAGGAGAAAGGAGAGGAUCUGGGAGGCACUGGAGUUCCCGGUGAUGCGGCAUGCGCGGGGGCGCGCGAGAGAGGUGGUGGAUCAGGCGCUGAGCGCUUGGAGGAAGGAGGAUGCGCUCGGGAGGCUCGGAAGAUUUGGGUUGCAAAGAGAGGCGUUGAAGCAGCGGCCGUUGAGGAGGGGGGAGUGCUGAGCAUGGUCCCUUGCUGGACAGAGAGGGAGUGA